UCUAGGGCACGAAAAGACGACCUCUUUUCUCCUGUUACAGUCUGAAUUAGCACCCCGUCAUCCAAAGACCUACUUAUUACCAGCCUAUUUUUAAACGGAUAAUGCACAGAUGUUGCGUUCAAGGACUCGAGUUAAGGUAAACAAAAAGCGCGUAGAUCCAAACAGAAACAGGACGACUGGCUCAGAGUGUUUACAAGUGCGGAUUUGUUGGUAAUUUGCCGUAAAAUUCAACAACAAAAACAGGAAGAGUGAGGCUGCAAUACGCACCGGGAAGUUCAACGGGUUCUUCUCCGGUUUUAUAUUUCCGAGUUAAUGCGACGUCGUCCAAGUCCAGAGAGAAAGGAGCAAAACAGCGAAUAGUCACCAUGCCGAGUCCGGCGGUGUCGACACGGCAGCGGAGGAUGGAGAGUCCGCGGAGGAGCGAGGUAAUUCGCCGGGUGCUGCGCGGUCGCCCUCCCCGGGCAGCUGGCUCGGUUCAACGGGGACACGCAGCCUACAGACUGCGCCGGUGAACCAGAUGCGUCAAGUUCAAGUGAGGUGACGCCCCGUUAUACAACCAGACAGCAACUCAGGGCACGUAAAUAAAUAAAUAAAUACCAGCUCAAUUUUUAAACACAUUAUAAUCCGUCUACUAAAAUGAGAGGAUUUCUGACUCACCUCCUCCUCCGCCAUGUUUGAGCUCCCUUUGCGAGCUAAAAACUAUAUAACAAUGAAAAGGAGCGGAGCAUAAAUUAAUAAAAAGAAACGUGUUAAGAACAGUUCGUAAUACAACGGCAGCGCACAAUAUCGAUUUCCAGUUCAAACGCGAACUUUGUGAAGUCUUUUAAAACGCCUUUGGAUUUUAGCUAGCACAACUAUAGCUGAUAUUGAAGAGCUUCAUAAUCAUAAUCACAAAAAGGGCUUUGUUGCGAGCACCUUGACGGAUUAACGACAUAGGUUUGUUUUAACUUAUUUAUCCGGGAUUCUGAUGAGAUAAAGCAUCAGCAAAAAUGGUCCCCUUUAAAGGAAUUAUUAUUGAUAGUGUUAGCUCUGUGGCUAACUAGCCAUAACAUUAAAGUGUUUAACAUUGGAAGAUACAGACAACGUUACCUGAUAACUUAAAGGUGCUUUGUAUGUUUUAACAUGUUUGUAAGGUUUAAUUUAGCCUCUGACAAUUCUCAACCAUUAUGACUAAAUUUAAGUUGGGAGUCAAGUGUGCUGUUAACACACGUGAUCCUCCAUCUUAAAUCAGCAUUUAUGUUCACCUUUAUCAUAAAUACCCCAAAUUCCUCUCCAUCUUUAUUUCACCUGUGUGUCAAGUUGUCACUUGAAUAUCUGGGAUGAGCUGAAACAGCAGACACUACACAUUUAUUCACAAUUUGUGAACAAUUUCUCAACUCAACAACUCAGGGAAUAAAAAAAAAGACUAGAGAAUCAGCCAAAAAUAUAAACAUUUAACCUUCAUCAAACUUUAUUUCAAGGAUGCUUUUAUUUUUAGGUAAAUGUGGAAGCGGAACCUUUCGCUUCAUGGUAUAGAGAGAGCGUAAUUCAUCGUAACAAUGCUUUGUUCAGGACACAUUUUCAGUUUCAUCAGAUGAACAUCUUCAGUUUCCUUGAAAUAUAUAUUUUUUUCUGUAUUGUUAACUGGCCCCAGGUCUGCCCUGUGGUUCUAUCUUCCAGAUGGAUGUUCAUGGAAUAGAUUUAUUCAAAAGAUGCCACCUCAACUGGCUCAGUUAUUAUGUGAAAAUCAUAGCCCUGAACUCUCUAUCGAAAACAUGUAGAGACACAAACUUUAUGAACAAUAUACAAGGUACCGCAUACGUUGUUUCAUCAUUUUCCCGUGGAGAGCUACAAGCGGGUCCUCACCAUCAUCUGAUGAAGAAGUGGCCCUCAAACAUUACAUGGGCUCUAAUUCAGCAGACCAUAUCAACGUGAAGCUAAUUGGCGUUAGCUUGUUUGCUAAUUACGACCUUGUCGCGCUUGCAACACUCAGCUAACACCUGCUAGUUAACAAGCCUCUGUGUUGUUGUUGUUGUUGUUUUUGUUGUCAGGUCACAAGUCAAGUUCAUCAGGAACAUGUCUGAACUUGUUUGGGUUUAUCAUACACAGACUCAAUGUAGUAUUGCUGAGGAGAGAAGAGUGCUAGUUCUCACUCGUGGGACUUGAACCUUUGUCUAGUCUGCUUUUUCAAUACACAGUAAGUGACUGUGUGUGUGUGUGUGUGUGUGUGUGUGUUCUCUUGUUCUUCUAUCAUUGGAAGAACAUGUACAAAUUUUCAGUCUGGCAUUUUUGCAGGUCCUCACUUCAAUAAACCCAAUUUUGAGGGUUAAAACUACAAGGUAGCCUGGUCAUUAUAAUUGGGUUUCAGUUGGGUUCAGAGUUGUUUUAGAUGGUUAGUUUUAGGGGGAGAGUCUGGAGAAAGCCUGAUGUCAAUGACGGUCCUCACUAAGAUAGGAAGGCAAACGUGUGAAUGUGUGUGUGUGUUGUUCAUUUUCUUUGUAUCAAUCUAUUAUUUGUAUUACUUUUUUACUGCAGCUAUUAAUCCAUUAAUUUUCAGUUUUCAAUUCCUCUGCUGUGAUUUUUAGUUCUACGACAUUACGCUGGGCUACAAAUCAGUUAACUACAAAGUGUUUCAAUAAUUAAUUUAUUCAUUUAUUUUUACUUAAUUAACAUUAUAGAUACACAGGAUAAUAUACUGUUAAUGAAUGAACAGGUUUUGGCCAGUCUGACUUGCUGAAUGGGCAAGUUCAAGUGGAGUUACCAUAAGUUCGUUUGAAGUUACUUUAACAUGUUGCCACUUUGCUGUUUCAAUAUUGAUUGAGUUUUCAUCAAUUUCUUACUGUGCUCAGACUUUGUGAUAAAAAAAAAAAAAAAAAAAAUCAGAAUGUUUGGUUUUCAAAUUUGAAUGUGACUCAGUAUGAGAACAGAAAACCCAACAAUAUGACCCAUCAGUUCAUUUGAAAGUAAUACAACAAAAGUGAAGUAACAUUGAAAAUAAAUAAAUGAUUUUUUUUGCUUAAUUGAAAACGGAUAAAUAAGUAUUGCAAUCCCAAAUGAAUAAAUAUAUAUGAGAUUCCUGUGAAGUGAAAUUCAGAUGCACGUGUUGAAGAAAGCUCGUAAAAGUUCACCUCACCGUUUCAGUUUUGUUUUAUUGAUCACAACCCCAUGAGAGCUUAUUAGGCAAGUGUUGAAAUAUUGACAAAAUUAAAGCUGCACUCGAUGACCUGGGGUGUCAGUCAGUGUGUGUGUGUGUGUGUGUGUGUGUGUGUGUGUGUGUGUGUGUGUGUGUGUGUGUGUGUGUGUGUCUGUGGGGAGGGAGAGAGAGAGAGAGAUUUUCCAAAGAUGUGACAACACAUAUGAAAGAUUUAAUGUCUCUUUCAACACAAAAGCAUUUAGAUAAAUAAUAUGUGACUUCAAAUAAAUAAUAAAAAAUUGAACUUAUUUACGCUGGUUCAGCCGCAUAAAUGAUCUGGUGAAGUGGACUUUCAUGAGUGAGGAAUUUGAGGUGCGAUUACAUUUCCGAAACUCAACAUUGUGCUGAAGAGCUGGUUGAUUCAGGAAUAUAUGGUAGAAGGUCAGAGUGCAGGAGGCCCCCAGGACCAGCUCUCUGCCACCAAACGCCUCCACACUGGUACGGUAGUUGAAUACUAUCUGAAGGGGAAAGAACAUCCCCAGACUGCAGCAGGAGCUGAUGAUGUUCUCUUUGGAUGUUCGCCAUCACAGACGCAAUUAGCCAUUAAAACAUGAACAGCCUUGCAAAUAGUGCAUACAAAUCUGUGAAAAACAGAUUUUAUGCAAUCCUGGACUUCUGUUUUUUGGACAGAAAUAAGCAACUAUAUAUAUGUUUCUUUUUUCUUAUACAUUAGUUUCUCUAAUUAAUGUAUAAUUGUAUUUUGUAUAAAUUACAUUUUAUAAAAUCUUCCCACCAAUUGGCUAUGAUGAAGAAAUUAUAAAAGAAAAACGUGAAGCAGCGCAUCCCAUGCUUUUGUUCCUUCAUUUACUUUGGACCAUUUAUAUACAUUAAAAAAAAAUCAAUAAAGGAGGUUUUAGCAAUGUCAUUUGGAUGAUUUAGUUCAUUUCAUUAAAAAAAUGGUAUUAAUAUUUUGUAACAUCAACUUCAAUAAACGUGUGUUUUUAGAAUGAAGACAUGGAUGGGCGGAGUCAUGAUCACUCUCAUUGAUCCAGCAGUUCAUAUGCGCUCACCAACGGCAUCAAUAUAGUUUGUAAAUACGAGGCGUACAAGGCGAGGUCAGAGGGGGUGUGGAGGUGAAAGGGAGUCUCAGUUUCGGGGGUCCGAGCUGCUAAUUUGCAAUCAGAGCCCUUCUGUAUUGACUCCCUCUUCGGCUCCACAGCAGCUAAGACAAAGCAGGCAUUCUCCGGCGCCCCCUGGCCCCUCUUAGUUUCAUUUCAGGCCACUGCUCUCAGACACAGAGUUGAGCAGAGCUGUGAGGAGGUGUGGAGCGCAAGUGGGAGGUAACGUUGGAGGAGCGACAAACUGCUGGGCUUACCCUCAGCACCCCCUCCACCAGCAGCAGCACCCACCUCUCACAUCUACUGUAAUAGUUUCCAAAAAACUUGCUGCAAUGCGGAGCACCACGCCCUCUCUAGCCAGACAAAAUGUCCAGAUCGAAGCUCCGGGCGCCGACCUGCUGCUGGAAACGUGAUCGUUGUGAGAAGUUUGGCCGCGAAGGCGACGAAUCACUUCACAACUUUGUCACAUCAUAACUUCGCUCACAGACUCCCCUGAGGUCCUGCUGAAGAGCUUUUCAAGAGACCUGCUGCCUAAGUUGUUUAUCUUCCCAAGUACUUUGUUUGUGGUGGUAUUGAACAUGUGACCUUUUGACUUCAUUUGAACAAUUGUCCCUGUCAUGAAGGCCUGACAGGGCGGCAACAUCUUUGGAUUCUGGGGUGUAACCUGUCGCAUAAAACAGAUCAUGUGGGACUACCUCAGGUAACAACCGAAACUAGUAAAGCCUUUUGUUUUAUCAACUUGUAAUAGAAAUGGAAUAGCGAAAAAUUUACCAUUUAUUGUGCAAAGUAUUUUGAGGGAUUGCCCACACAAUCUUUCCAACACUGGCCACCCACUAUAGAGUCCAGCCAAUGCAAACAAUGCCCAUGAAAUUGGCUGCAAAUCGUGGGAGAAGAACCUUAAACCAUCGUGGCCAGGGGUUACACACAGGCACUGAGCCUACGUCACUCCUGUGUCAGUCGACCUGCUGAAAGGUUUUAAGAGUUAAGGAUGGGCCUAAAGGCCACUUUAAUGUUCAUUGUUCAGCCCUUUUAGUGACAAGGCGUUCUUCAAUCGAAUGUGCUACCCUUCCUUUGACUUGUCACCAUCAAUGCACUGUGGCUGACAUGAACAGACAAACUUACACCUGUCAAAGACAUGCACACGCAUCUAAAUAAAUACAUCAAACAACGACACACAAGUAAAUGAUCUCUUAAACACAUACGAUCAAGGAGAGACACUAAAACAUUUUUGUUCAUAUGAACCAUAAACAUGCAAGGGCAGUCAAGUAAAACUCUUUUAAAACAGUUCAAGUAUCAUCAACGGAGCCUGAAACUUUUAUAUGGCCAGUCACCGAAUGCGUCAGCCUUGACCUCGCGACCUCAAAAGCUCUUCCUCAUUCUUGUAAGUAAAUAUUUCAGGUAUGACUAUGAUGUUUUUGUGAUGUAUUACAUGCUCACAAUUUCUUCUGACAGUGCCACUCUCUUAUCAGCAGUGGCGUGGUACGAGUCAAUGAUUACCCAGAGGGCUGAGCGUGUCCUCAGACCGGGGUCACUUCCUGGACUCGGCAGCAGCUGGUGAAAACUAAAACCUCCUGUCGACUGUCACCAGCGGGAAGGAAGCUGAGUCCACCUAGACGUGGAGAGGUGGAACCAAAGUGGGACCCAGAGUGACGAGCGUCUGAGGCCAGUGGAGACACCAGAGACAUCUGUAGAAUCAGGGCUGUGUUGUAUUGGACAAUAGACAGCGAGAGCCGUGGACAGACUCGGAGUUGACUGAAAAGCGUCUCAUAGAACAUGAAGCUUCGCGAUGAAACACAGUGGAUCAGAAUGUCUGUGCUGCUGAACUGCUCCAUUCCCUGUUUCACCUGCGCUCGCCUUCAUGUGGGGUCACACUGCUGCUCUAGAGCGCAUCAGCACCUUUGCUUUUAGGUCACUUCCUUUUUGUUACUUACACUUACAAAUAAAAAAAUCUCCCGAAUCACCGACAACUGGUCAUCGGUAUGAAAGAUGUUGGUUCAUGACCACCAGAGGGAGCCAGCAGCACACAGCGUUCUGACAUCGAACAGCAUGUUGACGGCCAAACUCGCGACGAGACCAGCCAACAUCCUUCACACAUUUCUGAACAAAUACUUUACAUUUUCACUUCAUAAAAAAUACAAUAUAUUUUAGAUGAUACCAAAAUACGUACAAUUCUAUAUUACUGAACUUUGAUCUGCUCACAAUAUAUGAUCAUUUGAAGCGUUUUGAAGCAGGGGUCUGGGGUCAGGGGUGACCUCGAGUCCUCCUCUUUGAGGGGUAUGUUCCACCACGGUUUCCUCCCACAGUCCAGGGUUAGACUGCAGCCACCUGUCAGGGGAAUAUGUGGCAGGAAAAUGAACGAAUGACAGCCAAGCUGAGUAGAAACGAUACAAGACGUCAUCAUGUUUUGAACCUUUUUGGGGCUGUGAGAGUGAGAGAGAGCGGUUGGAACGCGUCCAGCACUCCUGCACUUAUGGAGACUUCUAUCGGCUCCCCUCCCGCCCCCCCAUCCUCCCUCCUCUGUCCCUCACUUCUGACCUCACACUCUCUGCAUGCAGCCAUGUAGCUUCUCCUCUCCAUCACCGCGGAGCUCGCAGCAGCAGCAGAUUUGAGCGGCUUCAUUUCCAGAAACCCUUCUGAAAUACCGAGCGAACUGAACCGGAGCGGAUCGAUGCGCAGCCAUGAAGAUCGUCUCGCAGCGCAGUGCGCGGCUGUCCGUCUACUACCCGCAGAUCUUCCUCAUCCUCACCAGCGGUAGCUACCUGGCCCUGUCUUCAGUGGUGGCUCUGGGGGCCAACAUCAUCUGCAACAAGAUCCCAGGUCUGGCCCCCCGUCAGCGGGCGCUCUGUCAGAGUCGACCCGACGCCAUCAUCGUGGUCGGCGAAGGCGCUCAACUGGGCAUCAACGAGUGCCAGUACCAGUUUCGCUUCGGCCGCUGGAACUGCUCGACUCUGGGGGAGCGGACUGUGUUUGGACAAGAGCUGAGAGUAGGCAGCAGGGAGGCCGCCUUCACCUACGCCAUCACUGCAGCAGGCGUCGCCCAUGCAGUCACCACGGCCUGCAGCCAGGGCAACCUGAGCCAGUGCGGCUGCGACCAUGAGAAGCAGGGCUACCACGACCACGAGGAAGGCUGGAAGUGGGGAGGCUGCUCGGCCGACGUGAAGUAUGGCGUGGAGUUCUCCAGACGUUUUGUUGACGCUCGCGAAAUCAAGAAAAACGCCCGGCGACUGAUGAACCUGCACAACAACGAAGCAGGACGGAAGAUUCUGGAGGAGAGGAUGAAGCUUGAGUGCAAGUGUCAUGGCGUCUCUGGUUCGUGCACCGCCAAGACGUGCUGGAUCACUCUGCCACAGUUCCGAGAGAUUGGCUACAUGCUAAAGCAGCGCUACAUCGAGGCUGUUCAAGUCGCUCCAGUCCAGGCAUCCCGACUCCGCCAACCGGCUUUCCUGCGUCUCAAGGAAGUCCGCGGCUACCAGAAACCCACGGACACAGACUUGGUGUACUUGGAGCGUUCGCCGAACUACUGCGAGGAAGACAAGGCAACAGGGAGCCCAGGGACCCGAGGAAGACUCUGCAAUGGCACUUCAAGCCUCAUGGAAGGCUGUAACGUGAUGUGCUGCGGCCGCGGUUACAAUACGCACCAGUACACGCGAGUCUGGCAGUGUAACUGCAAGUUUCACUGGUGCUGUCUGGUCACGUGCAACACCUGUAGCGAGAAGUCUGAAGUCUUCACAUGUAAAUAGGGAAGUGGGAUUUUGGAGCGAAAACGGAACAAGAACUGAUAUGUAGGUGCUCGAGGGCAUUCAUUCAAUACAUUUGCACAGCGUGAGGCGCUAAAACAAAACAGAUCACUCAUUUUAAAGGCUUUUCGGUACCAUUAAAAGACAGAGAGGUUUUGGUGAAAUGAGGCUGAAGGGAAGAGGCUAAUGUUGUGAAAAUGAAAACUAUAAUUCAAACGGGAGGACCAUUAAUAAACACUGGACAAGUCUAGAAAGCAUUUCAAGUCGACAUCAAAGGGUCCUCAGCCUGGUGCCAGGGAUUUCAGGAUCUGUUUCCUGAUAUUGGGAGCUCCCCAAUUUCAGUUCACCAGAUCAGUUCUCCUGCAGCUAGUGACCAUUCACUGAAGCAGAACACAUUACUAGACCAUGGCAGGUUAGCCUUCAACAUUAGCUGUCAUUCUACCCUAUUGUGUCUCUUAGCUGAGAUGGUGAGGCGACUCCAAACUGCCACUUACACUGUACACUGUCAAACACUGAAAGUAAUUUAUGACCGAUCUGUUAAAGUAAUUGGUUGCAAGAGAUUUGUGGACAGAAGCAGGGAACCAUUAAGCACUUGCCUACCUACUCCGAUGCAUAAAAAGCACAUUCUGGCCUUUCUCCCACUUCCAUUCAUCCCGAGAGCCGAGGGGCUACGCUAAGGCCACUACCACUAAUCUGGAAGUCAGAGAGGCAGAAACUCUUUGCAUAUUUCUAUUUUGAGCACCCAGACUCUGUCAGCAUGAGCGGCACUCUCCAUCCCACUUUGUGUUCAUUCAUUGUUUUGUUAUUCAGAGAAAAGUGUGUAAGCCUCACGGGAACUCAGCCCAGAUACAUUCAGGUUCAGAUACCAUUCCCAUGAACCGCAGAGACGUGGAAUUCCACGCGGAGGCCUGUUGCUUACACAAGGUCUUCCAGCGCGGUCGGGUGGAUGGCUUGUACCCCAACCACACAGAAGAGGAUCAAAGUCCGAGCAGCUAUUUUUGGACGGCAGCCUUACUGCAUUCACAGGUGUUGAUCUAGGCCUUCUGAGACUGACUAAACAACUUGAAGAGUAUAUUUUUAUACGGGGAAUGUGGCACUUUCAUUUACAGGACGGCAAAUUGAGUCACCUGAUGUUUCGAAUGUAAUAUAUUCCAGUGUUAAAUAAAUUAUUGGAAAUGUGCUUUUUAGGAAUUAGUUCAAGGGACGAUCUUAAGGUGUUGCUGGUCAAAUGUUGUACCUUCAAAAAGAAGAAGAGCCACUUGCAUCUUCAUAAUAUGCGGUGACUGGCCGAGAGAAUUAUCAGCUCUACUCUGAGUCUCCAACGUAUGCCGACAUCACACGAUCCAACAUUUGGUUUCGAUUCCUCUUCAUACUGAUUUGAGGUUUUACUGACCCAGAGCUCCUUACACAAGUAAGAGCAAACUGGUGGCAACAAUAAUGUGGCGCUGGUGGGUCAGAAAGUGACCAGACAGUUCCACCUCAUUCAGCACGGCUGGCUCUUUCCUGUGCAGCUGAAAAGCAUUGCAGCCAGCCAGUGGAGCGCAGCUAACGGCUGUUUUGUUAGCCGUCUGAAACCCUCGACGGCCGGAACCGCAUAAGCUGGUUCCUCUAUCUUCCGCUGGAUUGGGCGGAAAGUCGGAUUGUUUUUAAUGACGAUUUUGUCAUUAAAAAUAAAAGGCAGAACAAGUUGCACAGGAAACAAGGUGGCGCUAUGAUUAGACUGAGGCGUCAGACACACUUUUAACAUUCCUGAGGCCUUUGAGACGACCGUGAGAGAGUCAUGUGAUCUUUGUCAAGCCAAAUGAGCAGAUUCUAGAUUCUAGAAUUUGGUGUGUUUGAUGAGUUCUAAACUUCAACUGAUGCGUGCCACGAAUGAGUCACUAAUAAAAGACAAAUUCUUGUGAGGAGAGGAGACUCUGAACUGAACUGCUGUAAGAGACAGAGGUAAUGUAGCAGGAAAACAGUCUUUAAAGAGGACAGAAUGAGGCAGAGGGACUUGACUCAAGGGUCACUGUGGGUACUUGAAUUUGACUGAUGGCUCAGCCUGGCAGCAGGUGGAGUGUUUGAGUAGAAAGAGGGCAGACAAAUUAGGGAAUUGCAGGAGAAGUCUGCAUGUUUCCAGACAAAGAGCGCGGCCACUGGCCUUGAAAGUAACUGCUAGCCAGCAUCGCCUUGAUACAAGUUAACAUGACACAAAGCAAAGUAUGGCGGGAGAUUCAAAGACUAUAUUAGCUGCACCAUGGCUACUUAUGCUCACCACUGCAUAGAAAACAAGCACAAAAACCAUGGACGCAUGAAGGCUCGAGGCCUUUCAACUGGGGUAAGCAGUUGCUUGUCUUUUGACCCAGAUCAGAAAAAGCAUUGUGACCAGAGAUGGGUAUCAAGGCCUGGCUUUACAAGACAAGUAACCUAGCCUCCGAACAGAUUAUGGAAUUCUAGGGCAUUGAUCAUGAACACCACCCAUGUGAGAGUUUUAGUCCAAAGUUUGUAGUUAGAUCAUGAAACUACCCGACCAGAUGAGUGAUAAAGACCACAUCAAAGUGGUGGCCAACAUUUAAACACUUUUAAACACUCAACUGAAGUGCUGCCCCUCACAAACUCCAGGAUAAUACUUCAUAGAUUUGAAUGAAAUAGAUUAGAUAUACUGUUUUUGCGACAGCAGGAAAACUUCAACAAUAGAAUGCCUUUAAGCAAAAACUGGAGGCAAUGAAACAAAUAGUAUGGGAUGCUUGAAGAAGGACACAGGACAGACCCUAGAGGGACACCAAGUCAAAUUGUUCCUCAGCUUGAAAAAAACCCAGUAGCAUAACCUUGUCUAAAACAUUUAAAACAUGUCAACAAUGAGGUUGAAACCAAUAAGAGAACAAUAAAAACACAACAUAAACACACAAAUAUUGCUAGUUUUAUUUCUGUGUGACCAUAUUUAUACAUAAUAUAAGACUCAGAACAAUAAUAAUAAGUUAAACAAGAUUCACUACUUUUACAGGUCAGAGGGGGAGAACUCGGGGAAAAGGAAUAAGAAAUAUAAAAACCAAGCGCACUGAUAUUUUGGGGUCAUGAUUAUUUGUCAAUCUGUGUUGGUUAAUAAAUGUAAUACACACUUUGCUCAUGU